AAAAAGAGUCACGAACGAAGUUUGGAACCAUAAAACAAUUACGCUACAAAUUUUAUAUUAAAUAAAUAUAUCUAUAUCAUGCUCGGCUAUUUAAGAUUCACAGUCAACACAAGUUACUCCUGUUCUUCUCGCACAAUUUCCACACACGGGUUUGUGGCAUUUGCAACAGGUGUCGCGCGUUUUAUUUUGUUUGCAGAUUCUCCGCACCUGGCACUGUCUCCGUUUUGGUGUCAGUUGCGGGGGUUGAUUGUGCUUUUGGUUGGGACCUUGUGUCAACUGCGAUGCUGCCAUUUUUUAAAAGGCAAUAAUAAUUUGUAGUCCAAGAAUUUGUAUUUAUAAUCAAAUGAGCAUAUGCUAAUAGUACUGGAGACGCUGACAGAGACAAUAAACCGCGGGAAAGAACAAUAGAAUCGCGCAAGAUUUAAAGCGGUCAAUAUGACCGUUAUGGCUUUAAUAGGUAGAAAUGCUCAUAUUUUUUUUGCCUUUUAUGUAAUUUAUAUAAAAUCUAUUGUAAGUAAAAAUAGAAACACUUUUAGGAAAAGUCACAAACCAGCAAGAUUGUAUUUUUUUAUUCAACAAAGUUAUUGUACAUAUACAUUUCAAAACGGUCAUUUUGACCGUCAUGGCAGUUCUAGUGUUAAGUUCACCAUCCAGUCACAGAAGAUUGUGAUGUUUGUGACUGUUAACGUCCUACAUGUUGCAAGUUCCUUUUUGCAUAAAUACAUGAACCAUUACCACAAACACAGAGACACAUCAGGAGCACAAUAAAGUAGGAGUAAUAUUACCGGUACUUAGUUAGAUAUGACUUAAAGCUUUGGUUAAUACUUCACAUUUACGCUUCAACGUUAAAAGGUUGUAGCCAUCCAAACUGCACUGAAGAUGUCUAAGCAUGUGAAUUAUGGUAUGGAUAAAGAUUCGAUUAUGGACUCAGAAGACAGAAUAGAGAAGAUGGUUGAUAUCUAUGUGAGUGCCGAGGCUGUAAGAGAUAUGAAACAUAAGAAAGACAAAGAGGACUUCGACAUCCAAACACCUCAACACACAGGAAGUGAUUCAGUGAAGGUCAGAAACUACAGAGCAGCUGUAGUGUGUUUGGUUCUGCUGUGUGUUCUUCUGCUGACUGCAGUCAUAGUGCUGUGUGUCACACUCACUCAAGAGAGACAACAGUUCAUAUCCAAGAAUGAAAACCUGACCAAUGAGAGAGACCAGCUGAGAAAUCAACUUCAUACUUAUGCUAGAUGGACUUGCUAUAAAUCCACUUAUUACUACAUGUCCAGUGAGAAGAUGAACUGGACUGAGAGCAGAAGAUACUGUACAGAGAGAGGAGCAGAUCUGAUCAUCAUAAACAACAGUGAGGAAGAAGAAUUUGUAAAAAGCAUUUAUGGUGAUGCUGCAGUCUAUAUUGGUCUGACUGACAGUGAUCAGGAGGGCAGCUGGAAAUGGGUUGAUGGCACACUGGCCUCUGGUUUCAGCUCGUGGGUGGUUGGAGAGCCAAAUGUAGACAACAGAGUAGACGAGGACUGUGCUGUGGCUGCGGCUAAAUCGGCUGAGUGGCCUAAUUUAGUAGGGUGGCUUGAUGUUGCAUGUAAUAGAACUUUUCAAUGGAUCUGUGAGAAGAGGACUUCGCAGUUCAUGCUUCCAUAGGAACAUCACACACCUUUUUGACACAAGUUCAACAGUACAAAACUUUUGUAAUAACUGAUUAUCAUCUAAAGCAGUGUUUCUCAACCUUGUUCCUGGAGGACGCCCACAACUGCUCAUUUUGAAUGUCUCCUUUUAUCAGACAUUCAUUUCAUAUCCAUAAUACAAAAUGUGCAAAAUGGGACUCCAGAAGUGCAUUCCAUUCAAUCAGAAAUGCCGUAUGAGUGAACGUCAAAGAGUAUUCGUCUACAUAAGUGAAAUUUCAGUCUUCAAUUAUUAUUUGUGCAUUAUUCACUUAUACUGUACAUCACCAGUUAUUGCAAAAAACUGCAGUACUUAAAACAUGUUUGAAUAAAACAAAGGUUGUUAAACAGGUGUUAAGGCAGCAGCAUUACUAUUAAUUCAUCCCAGGUUUUGGUUUGUAUUCAUUUUUCAUAAAUGAAGAGAAUAUGUGAGAAACUUAUAUUAGACGUGAUGGUUACAAUGCAAACAUCAUGAUUAUGGUUGAGAUAAAACACAUCUGAUCUUUAAAAACCAAAAUGUUUUUAUUUAUUUACAGAAGUGUAUUAUGGCAUUAAAGGGAACCUAUUAUGCAAAAUCCACUUUUACAUGGUGUUUGGACAUAAAUGUGUGUUGGCAGUGUGUGAACUAGGGCUGUCACGAUAUUAGACUUUUCAUAUCACGGUUAUUGUAAUCUAAAGUAUUUAAUCUAAAAUGAGCAACUCAAGCCUUGUCUAUGAUGAUGUUGCAGGAUUUUCUGAAUGAAUGCAUUUUGUCAAGUAAAAUGAGCUUCAACUUGAUAAACAUUAAAGUUCACCUAAAAAUGGCAAUUCUGAAUAGACCGCUUUCAAUGUUUUGUUUUUUGUUUUUUUAAAAUGAAAAUUUGCUAGGUGAUAUUUUGACAGAAUUUUUGUUUUAUUUUUAUUAUGUUAUUCUGUGUUAUUGUGGUAUUCUGUAUAAAUAAAUUAAAUUAAAUAUAAUAUAAACAUCUCUGUUUUCAUUACACAUAUACUCAUUAUUAUUAUUAUUACUAUUAUUAUUUUGUUUACUCAUUAUUAUUUAAAAAAAUAAAUAAACAUAAAACAUGCACAAGUUAUCACAAGUUGCUCUCUUGCUGGGGAAAAGAAAAGAAAAAAAAAAAACAACAAAAACAACAACAACAAAAAAACAAUAUUGGUUGGUUGAAAAAAUUAAUGUUUAAAAUUAAAAAAAAUUAAAAAAUUAAGUUUUUCCGUGGGUGCUCAAGCCCGCAAUGUAAAUGAAUAACCUAAUGUAAAUUUAAUAGAUCUAGGCCUAUAUAAACUGUAGACUAUAUGAUCACACACUGAAUAUUUUGUUAUAUUACAUACUAUGAUAACAUACUACAAUACACUGAGGUGCAUAGCCUUUAAAACUGUAGUUUUACCAAGAAAAUCAUAUAUAAGCACAA